CGGCUGGCCAAUGGCAACUGAGGUGGGAGGGCCAUUGCGCUGCGAGGCCCAAGUCCGUGAGCUCCCGGGCUGCUGCUAUCCAGGGAGCGCCGACCCUGACGCAGGCAGACUAUGUGGACGCUGGUGAGCUGGGUGGCCUUAGUGGCAGGGCUGGUGGCUGGAACACAGUGCCCAGAUGGUCAGCUCUGCCCUGUGGCCUGCUGCCUGGACCCAGGAGGAGCCAGCUACAGCUGUUGCAAUCCUGUUCUGGACAAAUGGCCCACAGCACUGAGCAGGCGCCUGGGCAGACCCUGCCAGAUAGAUGCCCAUUGCUCUCCUGGCUACUCCUGCCUCCUCACCAUCUUGGGGACCUCCAGCUGCUGCCCGUUCCCAGAGGCCAUGUCAUGUGGGGAUGGCCGCCACUGCUGCCCACGCGGCUUCCACUGCAGUGCUGACGGGCGGUCCUGCUUCCGAAGAUCAGAUACCAACUCCUUGGGUGCCGUCCAGUGCCCCGGUAGCCAGUUCGAAUGCCCCAACUCCUCCACGUGCUGCACUAUGCUUGAUGGCUCCUGGGGAUGCUGCCCCAUGCCCCAGGCUUCUUGCUGUGAAGACAAGGUGCAUUGCUGCCCGCAUGGCACCUCCUGUGACCUGGCUCAUGCCCGCUGCCUCACGGCCACGGGCACCCAUCCCCUGGCAAAGAAGAUCCCAGCACAAAGGACUAAUAGGGCAGUGGUCAUGUGCCCUGACGCACGGUCCCGGUGCCCUGAUGGUUCUACCUGCUGCGAGCUGCCCGGUGGGAAUUAUGGCUGCUGCCCAAUGCCCAAUGCCAUCUGCUGCUCCGACCACCUGCACUGCUGCCCCCAGGACACUGUGUGUGACCUAAUCCAGAAUAAGUGCCUCUCCAAGGAGAACGCUACGGACCUCCUCACCAAGCUGCCGGCACACACAGUGCGGGAGGUGAAGUGUGACAUGGAGGUGAGCUGCCCAGAUGGUUACACCUGCUGCCGCCUACAAUCGGGGGCCUGGGGCUGCUGCCCUUUUGCCCAGGCUGUGUGCUGUGAGGACCACAUACACUGCUGCCCAGCCGGGUUUAGGUGUGACACAGAGAAGGGUACCUGUGAACAGGGGGCCCGCCAGGUGCCCUGGAUGGAGCAGGCCCCAACCCACCUCAGCUUGCUGGACCCCCAAGCCAUGGAGACUGAUGUCCCUUGUGAUAAUGUCACCAGCUGUCCUUCCUUCUAUACCUGCUGUCGACUCACGUCUGGGGAGUGGGGCUGCUGUCCUGUCCCAGAGGCUGUCUGCUGCUCGGACCACCAGCACUGCUGCCCCCAGGGCUACACAUGUGUGGCUGGGGGGCAGUGUCAGAGGGGGAACAAGAUGGUGACCGGACUGGAGAAGAUGCCUGCCCGCCGAGCUUCCCUGUCCCACCCCAGAGACACGGGCUGUGACCAGUUCACCGGCUGUCCGGUGGGGCAGACCUGCUGCCCAAGCCUGAGUGGGCACUGGGCCUGCUGCCAGUUGCCCCAUGCCGUGUGCUGUGAGGACCGCCAGCACUGCUGCCCAGCUGGGUACACCUGCAACGUGAAGGCCCGGUCCUGUGAGAAGGAGGUGGACUCUGCCCACCCGGCCGCCCGCCUGCCCCUUGGCUCUCACAUGGGUGUAGGGAACGUGAAAUGUGGGGAGGCGCACUUCUGCCAUGAUAACCAGACCUGCUGCCGAGCUAGUCGAGGGGGCUGGGCCUGCUGUCCCUAUCGCCAGGGCAUAUGUUGUGCAGAUCACCGUCACUGCUGUCCUCCUGGCUUCCGCUGUGCGGCCAAGGGCACCAAGUGUUUGCGCAGGGCAACCCUGCGCUGGGACACUCCUCUGAGGGACCCAGCCCCGAGACAGCUACUGUGAGGAGAGACUGAGGACUGAAGAUACUGCAGCCCUCGGGACCCUGCUCAGAGGGUGCCCACUGCUCAGGCCUCCCCAGCACCCCUCUCCCACCAAAUUCUCCCAGACUCCUCCAUUCUGAGUCCCAUCUUCACUGUGGGAGGUGGGGCCUCAGUCUAAGGCCUUCCCUAUCAGAAGGGGGGCUGUGGCGAAAGCCACAUUACAAGCUGCCAUACCCUCCCCCAGUUUCUGUGGACCCUGUGGCCAGGUGCUCUUCCCUAUCCACAGGGGUGUGUGUGUGUGUGUGUGUAUGUGCUGCAAUAAAGUUUGUACACUUUCUUAA